CUUCUCUCAUCUUCGUGCAAUUCAUUCCCACUUCUUCUUCUCCUAUUGUUUUCCUUUUCUCUUAUUUCUUUUAUUUUUAUUUUUAUUUUUCUUCUUCUUCUUCCUGAAAUCGACUGUGGCGUCCUGUCUCCACCAUGCCACCUCCAGCCUUCGAAUUUCGAGGGAAUCGAGGGAAUGACCGACGGCCAUAUAACAACAACUAUCAAGGACGGCGCGAGUUUUCAUUUCGCUACCCGAGGCCGGGAACAGCAGAGCGUCCGCUUUUGAGAUCCAAAAGAGAGGCGACCCCGGAGCUGUUGACGGCCUCGGGUACCGGGGAUGAGCAGCCGUCCAGGAAAUUUGCCCGGAUCGAGAACCUCAGCGAUAGCGAAGAAACCGAUAUGGACGUGUCGGACGAGGACAAUGAAGCAUCCCACCCACGCAAAAGACGCGCCGUGGAAAGCAGCUCGGGUGCAGGAGGCCCGGUCCCUGCGCCCCCCGCGCCCAAGUGGUCCAACCCCGACCCGUACACGGCGCUACCUCCUCCCGAUGAGACCCAAUCGAAGAAAGUGGAUGUCGUCAAGCUGAUUCGAAAGGCGCGGCUUGCGGCGACCGCGUCACAACAGACGAAAACGGAUGCUGUGGCUGAUAACGAAGACUUCAUCUCGCUCGGCGGAUUGGUGGACGAGGAGGAAAAAGCGGUACAACCACCAGAGGACGCCCCCACGGGCCCGCGAAGCCAGCAACAGUCUGGGGAUGCCACCCUCGGGAGUCGCAAGAGAACACACGAUGAUGAGAUCAAGGGCGCACCCAAGAAAACUGGGAAACCCGUGAGUAAGUUCUAUAGCGAUGGGUCGAUCAUAGAUGAAUGGCGAGCACGUCCUUCUGGGCCAAGCGCGCCUUGGCUCAGCGGGAUGGAGCCGUCUUUGCACAUGGGUACCAAGCUGCACACGGAGAUCCUGAGCUUUUACCACUGGGUCAAGCCACUGUAUUACGAACAGAUCGUCCGAGCGGACUUGGUGGCGCGGCUCCAGUCUUCCUUCCAGAGCAGAUACUACGGUGUGCAGAUCCGAUCAUUUGGAUCGUUUGCCUCGGGGCUCUACCUGCCUACGGCGGACAUCGAUCUGGUCCUCCUCUCCACGAGCUUCAUGCGGUCUGGCGUCCGGGCAUUUGGCGAGCGCAAGGGGCAGAUCUAUGCAUUUGCGGCGUAUCUGAGGACCCAGGACAUUGCGGUCCCAGGGUCCGUGGAGGCCAUUGCCUUUGCCCGGGUGCCGAUCUUGAAGUUCGUGGACAGAAUGACCGGGCUGCGAGUGGAUCUGUCGUUCGAUAAUGACAGCGGGCUCAUUGCCAACGAGACCUUUGUCAAGUGGCGGGAUGAGUAUCCGGCCAUGCCUGUCAUCGUCUCCGUGAUCAAGCAGUUCUUGCUGCUCCGCGGUCUCAAUGAGGUGCCGACUGGCGGGUUGGGUGGGUUCUCAAUCACUUGCCUAGUGACGAGCCUCUUGCAGCAUUUGCCCCACGGCCGGAUGUCUCCCAACCUAGGCGGUAUUCUCAUGGAUUUCUUCGAAUUCUAUGGAGACCGCUUCGAUUAUGACACCGUCGGCAUCCGCAUGGACCCGCCGGGGUAUUUCAACAAGAGAGUUUAUCAGGCCUACAAAGAGAACAACAACUCUCGCCUUGCCAUUGAAGAUCCGAACAACCCCGACAAUGAUAUUUCCGGCGGCACUCGGGAGAUCGCUUUGAUCUUCCGGGCAUUCUCCAAAGCAUAUCAGUAUCUGAAGGAUCGGAUGGUUUCCGCCGCCAUGGCCGGGGAUGCCCACGCCAGCAUCCUCGACGCUAUCAUCGCCGCCAACUACGAGGAGUAUGCAGACCAAAGGGCCCAUUUGUAUGAGGUAUUCCAGACCCACCCCCGGUUCGCCCAGUAUCAUCAGCCGCCCACACCCCCGCCGCCGCCACCUCAAAUGCCGCCGCCACCGGUUGAUGCAGUUCCCCCGCCGCCGCCGCCGCUGCCUGCCAAACCGCCGCCGCCGGCCGAAUCGAAGGAGAAGCUGACGAAGACCCAGCGGAAGCAGCAGGCGUCAAAGGAGCGUGCUGCCCGUCUUCGGCGUCUGCGUCCGGACAUACCCUCGGUUCCAUCCUCCAUUAGUAACGAGAGAGCUUUGAGUCUUGGCGGGUACAAGGACCAAUCCGCAAUGGACAAGGACCUCAUUCUUCGCGAAAAAGAAGCCAAGCAGACCAAUUCGGCAUGAUGAAACUCUUUUCCUUUCUUUCUUGCUCGCCGUCUUCCUCUUUUCCCCUAAAGUAUAGGGGUCGAGGUUCCUUUUGACGUGAUGUGUUGGUUGUUCUUUCGAGAAUGGCCCCCUGCUGUACAUUAGAUGCUAGCGACGGUCUUUCCCAUGUUCUGUAUUGUAACCAUUCUCUUUCUGAUACCCAUUGGAUGGUUUGAGUUGGCGCACGGGCGUGGCUGUUUUGGAGUUUUAUUUCUCGGAUGGUGGAUUCGUCUCUUGAUUGCGCAGCGGUCGUCGUGGACGG